GACCGCCACCAUCGCCGCGAAGAUUUCCGCCGCGACGAACGACGCCACGACGACCGCCAGCAUCGACGGGAAUAACCCCGCUGAGAUGGCCGACGCGCUUCUCGCGAACUCCAGGAACACCGUGACAACGCAGGAUUCAGCUGUCAAGGCCCCGCAG